AUGUCGUCGGAUUAUCCGAAAUGUAGAUAUACUGGUGUAGAUAAUCUUGAGUUGAUUACUGAAACUAGACCUUCAAAUGUUGAAUUUAUCAAAUGCAAUUUUCUUCAAGGGUUACCAUUCGAGGACAACACCUUUGAUUUUGUUCUUAUGAGAUUUAAGAUACUGGAGUUCACAGAACAUCAAUGGGAAUCUUUUGUGGUCAAAGAGUUUUAA